AUGUUAUCAGAUUCUGCCCUGGCCAAAGAGAGGAAAGAGCAAGCAUCAGCCAUUAUGGAUGAAAUACACAGAAAUGUCUCACCCAGCCUGAACCUUGGGAAAAAGGUCAGCACGCCCAGAGAUAUCAUGGUGGAGGAAUUGUCGACGCUCAGCAACAGAGGGGCCAGGCUCUUCAAGCGACGCCAGCGGAGAUCUGACAAAUACACGUAUGAGAAUUAUCAUUACGUGGCAAACAAGCCAAGAAAUCGUGGAGAGCCCAUCCAGAGUGUCAGAAUGGAUGGCCUCAGUGUGGAAGGAAUCCCCCAGCACGCCCCAAUGACACCUCCCAACACACCUGACCCCCGGAGCCCUCCACACCCUGACAACAUCGCCCCAGGAUAUUCUGGACCACUGAAAGAAAUUCCUCCUGAAAAGUUCAACACUACAGCUGUGCCAAAGUAUUACCAGUCUCCCUGGAUAGAAGCCAUCAGGGAUGAUCCAGAACUGCUGGAAGCUUUAUAUCCUAAACUUUUUACACCUGAAGCAAAGCCGGAACUGCCUGACUACAGGAGCUUUAACAGAGUUGCCACUCCCUUUGGUGGUUUUGAGAGAGCAUCAAAGCUGGUUAAAUUCAAGGUACCAGAUUAUAAUAUGCUGAUGCUAAACGAUCCCAGAUUCAUGAUCCUUGCAAACCCUCUUGCUGCCAGAAGAUCCUUCAACAGGACUCCCAAAGGAUGGACGUCUGAGAAUAUCCCUGUAGUGUUCAUCCACCCUGCAGAAUCCAACACUGUUCCAGAAACAGAGGACCUGUGA